GUCGCCACCACGAAGAAGAAGACCAACAUGGCGUCCCUCGGCAGUGAUGUUUGGAGAGCUAUCUGCGACAAAUUCACCAACGCCCAAAACCUUACUGAAUCACGAAAUGACCCAGAAAACGACCCGUUCCGGUCCAAAUACAAGGCCAGGGAGCUCCUCAGAGAGAUAUACUGCUCGCUGAAGAGUUUCGAGGCCGUCGACGGUGAAGAGGAUAGCAGCGGAGAGAGCGGCGACCAGCGGCCCAUAGAGCCGCCAGUGGACGGGCAGAGGGAGGAUGUGUUCGGUCAGGGCUUCAGCGGCGACUCGCCAGCCGGGCUGCGGGCCGCUAAACUCGGGGCCAUUGAGUACUAUCUGGGCGUCAACCAUAUCGACACAGAGGAGCUGUCAGCCGGGCAGGAGCAUCUGAUGAACUGCAUGAAACUGCUGGAGAGAUGCAGAGUAUCAUCCGAAAAUGUGUCGCUGUUCAUCCAUGUCAGGAACCAGUUGGGCAUCCUUUGGGCAGGCCGCGAUGAGACGGAGACAGCUCAGGGAUUCCUUGAAACAGCAGAAUACAUCUACCAGCGUUAUAUGAAGGAGGAUGGGAGUCCUCCCACUGAUAUGACAGAGUACUUUACUACUGAGGAGAAGCUGCUCACACAUCAGGACAGGACCAAGAGGUUUGAGUUGGCUUAUACCCAUACCAUGUACUAUCUUGCCCAAGUCUAUAAAAACCUUGGCGAGACUGAGCGUGCUGCCACCUACUGCCACACUACCCUGCAGAGACAAUUGAAGUUAAAUCAGUUCAGUCCAAUGGAGUGGGCUCUCAAUGCUGCUACACUAUCACAGUAUUACAUCACUAAGGGCCGAUACAUGGAAGGAAGACAUUGCCUCUCAGCAGCUACUGUCAUAUCAGGUUUGGCAGGAGAGGUUCCUUCUGAGGCCGCAGCACAGGAGAGUGAGACAGAGAGUGAGCGCAGGGAACAGCUCAGACAGAAGAGGGCAGAGAUUGCGAGAUGUUGGAUCAAAUACUGUCUCAACCUCCUGCAGGAUGCUAAGAAGUUGCUGGAGGACAACAUUGGGGAGCUGGAUACUGAUCGCCAAGAAGAGCUGAAGAGAGCGAGAAGACGUGAGGAGGAGGAGGAGGAGGAGGAAGAGAAGGGCCGGAAGAAUGCUCUGCUGUUUGGCUCUGAAGACACCUUCGACUCCAUUGCUAGCCUGGAAGAGAAGGUGAACUGUUUGUCCCCACUGGAGUUCACUGAGGCCAGAGCCAUAUUUCUGGUGGGACAAAAUUAUGUCACACAGGCCAAGGAGUUCUUUCAGAUGGACGGCUAUGUGACAGACCACAUCGAGAUCCUGCAGGAUCACAGUGCUCUGUUCCGGGGCCUGGCUUUCUUUGAAGAGGAUCUGGAGCGGCGCUGCAAAAUGCACAAGCGACGGGUUGACAUGCUUGAGCCAAUCUGCAUAGACUUGAACGCCCAGUACUAUCUGUUGAUCCGCAGACAGUUGAUGUUUGAGUUGGCUGAGACCUACAAUGAAAUGAUGGACCUAAAACUGUCACUGGCCAAUAGACAGGCAGAUACACAGUCUCUAGAUAACCACACCAUUAAGAAAUUCAACAGUCUCUGCUCUGCCUCUAUCAAAUACUUCCAGAUGUUCCUGGACUCACUGUGCUCUCCAGAGGGGAAGCUUCCGGAGCACCUGGAGGAGGAGGUGCUCAGACCGGCUCUGGUAGCCCGUUUCAGAGUGGCCCGACUUUACAGCCGGCUGAUUUGCUCUCUGCCCUCCAUUCAGCUGGACAAUCUCAACAAGUCUCUGGAAAACUACAAAUAUGUGGCACAGUAUUGUGAGGCCCACCCUGAGGCGGCGGCCGCUGUGGAGACAGAGCUGGAGCUCAGUAAGGAGAUGGUCGACCUGCUCCCUCUCAAAAUCAACCGCAUCAAAGCACGGAUGGCUUUAAACAACUGAAGGAUGGCACUGUUCACUGACUGACGGUGUAAAGUACAUCCAAAUGAGUCAGUCAAUCUGUCAGUUUAACACCUUUAUAGUCAAUGGACACUCCAAACAAUUAGAGAAACUGGAUGGCAAGAUUGACUGACUUCCUUGCUUAUUUGUAUUGUUGGUGGCCUGUUUUUGUGCAGUGGGCAUGCUGCUUUCACAAGACCGUUUGAACACAUUACACGCUGUACAUAUGUGCUCUCCUUUGUGUAGUAACAGUUGUGGUUAAUUCAGACACCACAUAAGAUAUACUGUCUUCAAGAUGAAUAUGAAAAUGUCCAGUCUGAUUCAUAUUUGUUUUCUAAUGUUAAUCAUAUUGGUUUUCAUUUCAAGGGAAACAUUUAUAUUUUUCAACCUGGGGUUUUUUGUGAUUGAUGUGGACAACCAUUUUUGAUGGUGUUUUAAAGGGUUAUUCCAAACUAAUGUGUUAAAACACCACAGUCUCACAGUAAUACAAACAAACUGACGGAUCGAGGCAGUGGGAGACCAGCAACUCAGCCUGUCAGUGGCAUAAAGAAGUAUUUUUAGUGGACAUUCAUUGACGGUGCACAGUUGCCCCAUAGGAUUACACUGCAGCCAGUUUCACAGCUGCGGCCCUGUCGCUCAAUACUGGACCUCUUUUAAAAAUUAGUGCACCCAUUAGUAACGUUAGUAUGAUGAAAAACAUGGGCAAAAUGGGGUACAGGUUGAAAAAUAAAUACGUUUCCCUUUAGCAUGGCUUAUUUUCUGUAAAGCAACUCUAAAAUUAUUUUACUUCAGCUGCUUUUUAUGUCUGAUGGUGAAACAAAUAUUAAACCUACUGUAACCAUGGUUAGUGUAACCGCGGUAAUAGCAGUACAGAUAGUAGAGUUGACGCAGUUUGUACUACUGACAGGUCACUGUUCCUUCUUACAACUCAGAUGUUUGUUGUGGAAAUUAUCAGAACAAUUGUGUGAAUUGUCGGAAAUGCCAUUAAGUGGACUUUAAUAGACAUCAUAAUCUGCAUGAUGCCAGCUUCAUAUUUAUCAUUAUACCACACACGGUUGUCUUAAAAUGCAAGUUGUAAUGCCACUCACAAAACAAAUUGAAUCUGUAUUUGCUUCCUUCCUCUGAGGAAUCACAAUGUCAUCCUGUUGUAUGUACUGUAAAUACUGUAUGUAAUGAUAAUAAACGGAGUAAUACACACUUA